AUGGCUAUCACCACGAAAAGUUUAAUUUCAUUUGUUUUCACUGUCAUCCUCAUCGUAUCUUAUGUUAAUUGUCGUAUGACAACUUCUGCUCGUAGCCCUGCUGGUUAUGGAAUAAAGCAGCAGGAUAGACAAUGCUUCGACGAUACAGAAGACUACUUAUGUAAUACUGGAGAUGCAAAAUGUCGUCGUUAUUGUAUAGAUCUUGGUUAUGCUUAUGGUCACUGUUUUUUCAAGCCUGUUGCUUGUUGUUGUCAGAUUUUCUGA